CGUAAUUUCUUGGGCGACGAAAGGCAAUUUUCUUUGGAUAUUGAAGGCUACAGAUCACGGAUUCGGCCUGAGGCUAUUCUCCAACGAUGAUUGAGUCCAUUAAGCACCGAUUUGGGCGGAUUUAUCCCGGGUCAAUUUUUGGCAGAUUCCAAAGGGUUACCAUCACAAAUUUCGGGCGAUUUAUCCGAAAUGCCAUUUUCUUUCGAUUGUGGAGGCUACAGAUCACGGUAUCAGGCCGAGGCUAUUCUCCACCGAUAAUGAAGUCUAUUGAUCCUAUUCUCCACGAAUGAUAAGUCCGUUAAGCAUCGUUUUGGGACAAUUUAUUUUCGGAUGGCAUUUUCGUAAUUUCUUGGGCGACGAAAGGCCAUUUUCUUUGGAUAUUGAAGGCUACAGAUCACGGAUUCGGCCUGAGGCUAUUCUCCAACGAUGAUAGAGUCCAUUAAGCACCGAUUUGGGCGGAUUUAUUCCGGGCAAUUUUUGAUAGAUUCCUAAGGGGUACCAUCACAGAUUUCGGGCGAUUUAUCCGAAAUGCCAUUUUCUUUCGAUUCUUGAGGCUACAGAUCACGGAAUCAGGCCGAGCCUAUUCUCCACCGAUAAUGAAGUCUAUUGAUCCUAUUCUCCACGAAUGAUAAGUCCGUUAAGCAUCGAUUUGGGCCAAUUUAUUUUCGGAUGGCAUUUUCGUAAUUUCUUGGGCGAGGAAAGGCCAUUUUCUUUGGAUAUUGAAGGCUACAGAUCACGGAUUCGGCCUGAGGCUAUUCUCCAACGAUGAUUGAGUCCAUUAAGCACCGAUUUGGGCGGAUUUAUUCCGGGUCAAUUUUUGGCAGAUUCCAAAGGGGUACCAUCACAGAUUUCGGGCGAUUUAUCCGAAAUGCCAUUUUCUUUUGAUUCUGGAGGCUACAGAUCACGGAAUCAAGCCGAGGCUAUUCUCCACCGAUAAUGAAGUCUAUUGAUCCUAUUCUCCACGAAUGAUAAGUCCGUUAACCAUCGAUUUGGGCCAAUUUAUUUUCGGAUAGCAUUUUCGUAAUUUCUUGGGCGACGAAAGGCCAUUUUCUUUGGAUAUUGAAGGCUACAGAUCACGGAUUCGGCCUAAGGCUAUUCUCCAACGAUGAUUGAGUCCAUUAAGCACCGAUUUGGGCGGGUUUAUUCCGGGUCAAUUUUUGGCAGAUUCCAAAGGGGUACCAUCACAGAUUUCGUUAUCCGAAAUGACAUUUUCUUUCGAUUCUGGAGGCUACAUAUCACGGAAUCAGGCCGAGGCUAUUCUCCACCGAUAAUGAAGUCUAUUGAACCUAUUCUCCACGAAUAAUAAGUCCGUUAAGCAUCGAUUUGGGCCAAUUUAUUGUCGGAUGGCUUUUUCGUAAUUUCUUGGGCGACGAAAGGCCAUUUUCUUUGGAUAUUGUAGGCUACAGAUCACGAAUUUGGCCUGAGGCUAUUCUCCAACGAUGAUUGAGUCCAUUAAGCACCAAUUUGGGCCGAUUUAUUCCAGGUCAGUUUUUGGCAGAUUCCAAAGGGGUACCAUCACAGAUUUCGGGCGAUUUAUCCGAAAUGCCAUUUUCUUUCGAUUCUGGAGGCUACAUAUCACGGAAUCAGGCCAAGGCUAUUCUCCACCGAUAAUGAAGUCUAUUGAUCCUAUUCUCCACGAAUGAUAAGUCCGUUAAGCAUCGAUUUGUGCCAAUUUAUUGUCGGAUGGCAUUUUCGUAAUUUCUUGGGCGACGAAAGGCCAUUUUCUUUGGAUAUUGAAGGCUACAGAUCACGGAUUCGGCCUAAGGCUAUUCUCCAACGAUGAUUGAGUCCAUUAAGCACCGAUUUGGGCGGAUUUAUCCCGGGUCAAUUUUUGGCAGAUUCCAAAGGGUUACCAUCACAAAUUUCGGGCGAUUUAUCCGAAAUACCAUUUUCUUUCGAUUCUUGAGGCUACAGAUCACGGAAUCAGGCCGAGGCUAUUCUCCACCGAUAAUGAAGUCUAUUGAUCCUAUUCUCCACGAAUGAUAAGUCCGUUAAGCAUCGAUUUGGGCCAAUUUAUUUUCAGAUGGCAUUUUCGUAAUUUCUUGGGCGACGAAAGGCCAUUUUCUUUGGAUAUUGUAGGCUACAGAUCACGGAUUCGGCCUGAGGCUAUUCUCCAACGAUGAUAGAGUCCAUUAAGCACCGAUUUGGGCGGAUUUAUUCCGGGCAAUUUUUGGCAGAUUCCAAAGGGUUACCAUCACAAAUUUCGGGCGAUUUAUCCGAAAUACCAUUUUCUUUCGAUUCUGGAGGCUACAGAUCACGGAAUCAGGCCGAGGCUAUUCUCCACCGAUAAUGAAGUCUAUUGAUCCUAUUCUCCACGAAUAAUAAGUCCGUUAAGCAUCGAUUUAGGCCAAUUUAUUGUCGGAUGGCAUUUUCGUAAUUUCUUGGGCGACGAAAGGCCAUUUUCUUUGGAUAUUGUAGGCUACAGAUCACGAAUUUGGCCUGAGGCUAUUCUCCAACGAUGAUUGAGUCCAUUAAGCACCAAUUUGGGCGGAUUUAUUCCAGGUCAAUUUUUGGCAGAUUCCAAAGGGGUACCGUCACAGAUUUCGGGCGAUUUAUCCGAAAUACCAUUUUCUUUCGAUUCUGGAGGCUACAUAUCACGGAAUCAGGCCAAGGCUAUUCUCCACCGAUAAUGAAGUCUAUUGAUCCUAUUCUCCACGAAUGAUAAGUCCGUUAAGCAUCGAUUUGUGCCAAUUUAUUGUCGGAUGGCAUUUUCGUAAUUUCUUGGGCGACGAAAGGCCAUUUUCUUUGGAUAUUGAAGGCUACAGAUCACGGAUUUGGCCUGAGGCUAUUCUCCAACGAUGAUUGAGUCCAUUAAGCACCGAUUUGGGCGGAUUUAUCCCGGGUCAAUUUUUGGCAGAUUCCAAAGGGUUACCAUCACAAAUUUCGGGCGAUUUAUCCGAAAUACCAUUUUCUUUCGAUUCUGGAGGCUACAUAUCACGGAAUCAGGCCGAGGCUAUUAUCCACCGAUAAUUAAGUCUCUUGAUCCUAUUAUCCACGUAUGAUAAGUCCGUUAAGCAUCGAUUUGGGCCAACUUAUUGUCGGAUGGCAUUUUCGUAAUUUCGUGAGCUACGAAAGGCCAUUUUCUUUGGAUAUUGAAGGCUACAGAUCACGGAUUCGGCCUGAGGCUAUUCUCCAACGAUGAUUGAGUCGAUUAAGCACCGAUUUGGGCGGUUUUAUUCCGGGUCAAUUUUUGGCAGAUUCCAAAGGGAUACCAUCACAGAUUUCGGGCGAUUUAUCCGAAUUUCCAUUUUCUUUUGAUUCUGGAGGCUACAGAUCACGGAAUCAGGACGAGGCUAUUCUCCACCGAUAAUGAAGUCUAUUGAUCCUAUUCUCCACGAAUGAUAAGUCCGUUAAGCAUCGAUUUGGGCCAAUCUAUUGUCGGAUGGCAUUUUCGUAAUUUCUUGGGCGACGCAAGGCCAUUUUCUUUGGAUAUUGAAGGCUACAGAUCACGGAUUCGGCCUGGGGCUAUUCUCCAACGAUGAUUGAGUCCAUUAAGCACCGAUUUGUGCGGAUUUAUCCCGGGUCAAUUUUUGGCAGAUUCCAAAGGGUCACCAUCACAAAUUUCGGGCGAUUUAUCCGAAAUGCCAUUUUCUUUCGAUUCUGGAGGCUACAGAUCACGGAAUCAGGCCGAGGCUAUUCUCCACCGAUAAUGAAGUCUAUUGAUCCUAUUCUCCACGAAUGAUAAGUCCGUUAACCAUCGAUUUGGGCCAAUUUAUUUUCGGAUGGCAUUUUCGUAAUUUCUUGGGCGACGAAAGGCCAUUUUCUUUGGAUAUUGAAGGCUACAGAUCACGGAUUCGGCCUAAGGCUAUUCUCCAACGAUGAUUGAGUCCAUUAAGCACCGAUUUGGGCGGGUUUAUUCCGGGUCAAUUUUUGGCAGAUUCCAAAGGGGUACCAUCACAGAUUUCGUUAUCCGAAAUGACAUUUUCUUUCGAUUCUGGUGGCUACAGAUCACGGAAUCAGGCCGAGGCUAUUCUCCACCGAUAAUGAAGUCUAUUGAUCCUAUUCUCCACGAAUAAUAAGUCCGUUAAGCAUCGAUUUGGGCCAAUUUAUUGUCGGAUGGCAUUUUCGUAAUUUCUUGGGCGACGAAAGGCCAUUUUCUUUGGAUAUUGUAGGCUACAGAUCACGAAUUUGGCCUGAGGCUAUUCUCCAACGAUGAUUGAGUCCAUUAAGCACCAAUUUGGGCGGAUUUAUUCCAGGUCAAUUUUUGGCAGAUUCCAAAGGGGUACCAUCACAGAUUUCGGGCGAUUUAUCCGAAAUGCCAUUUUCUUUCGAUUCUGGAGGCUACAUAUCACGGAAUCAGGCCAAGGCUAUUCUCCACCGAUAAUGAAGUCUAUUGAUCCUAUUCUCCACGAAUGAUAAGUCCGUUAAGCAUCGAUUUGUGCCAAAUUAUUGUCGGAUGGCAUUUUCGUAAUUUCUUGGGCGACGAAAGGCCAUUUUCUUUGGAUAUUGAAGGCUACAGAUCACGGAUUCGGCCUGAGGCUAUUCUCCAACGAUGAUUGAGUCCAUUAAGCACCGAUUUGGGCGGAUUUAUCCCGGGUCAAUUUUUGGCAGAUUCCAAAGGGUUACCAUCACAAAUUUCGGGCGAUUUAUCCGAAAUACCAUUUUCUUUCGAUUCUGGAGGCUACAGAUCACGGAAUCAGGCCGAGGCUAUUCUCCACUGAUAAUGAAGUCUAUUGAUCCUAUUCUCCACGAAUGAUAAGUCCGUUAAGCAUCGAUUUGGGCCAAUUUAUUUUCAGAUGGCAUUUUCGUAAUUUCUUGGGCGACGAAAGGCCAUUUUCUUUGGAUAUUGUAGGCUACAGAUCACGGAUUCGGCCUGAGGCUAUUCUCCAACGAUGAUAGAGUCCAUUAAGCACCGAUUUGGGCGGAUUUAUUCCGGGCAAUUUUUGGCAGAUUCCAAAGGGUUACCAUCACAAAUUUCGGGCGAUUUAUCCGAAAUACCAUUUUCUUUCGAUUCUGGAGGCUACAGAUCACGGAAUCAGGCCGAGGCUAUUCUCCACCGAUAAUGAAGUCUAUUGAUCCUAUUCUCCACGAAUGAUAAGUCCGUUAAGCAUCGAUUUGGGCCAAUUUAUUUUCAGAUGGCAUUUUCGUAAUUUCUUGGGCGACGAAAGGCCAUUUUCUUUGGAUAUUGUAGGCUACAGAUCACGGAUUCGGCCUGAGGCUAUUCUCCAACGAUGAUAGAGUCCAUUAAGCACCGAUUUGGGCGGAUUUAUUCCGGGCAAUUUUUGGCAGAUUCCAAAGGGGUACCAUCACAGAUUUCGGGCGAUUUAUCCGAAAUGCCAUUUUCUUUCGAUUCUUGAGGCUACAGAUCACGGAAUCAGGCCGAGCCUAUUCUCCACCGAUAAUGAAGUCUAUUGAUCCUAUUCUCCACGAAUGAUAAGUCCGUUAAGCAUCGAUUUGGGCCAAUUUAUUUUCGGAUGGCAUUUUCGUAAUUUCUUGGGCGACGAAAGGCCAUUUUCUUUGGAUAUUGAAGGCUACAGAUCACGGAUUCGGCCUGAGGCUAUUCUCCAACGAUGAUGGAGUCCAUUAAGCACUGAUUUGGGAGGAUUUAUUUCGGGUCAAUUUUUGGCAGAUUCCAAAGGGGUACCAUCACAGAUUUUGGGCGAUUUAUCCGAAAUGCCAUUUUCUUUCGAUUCUGGAGGCUACAGAUCACGGAAUCAGGCCGAGGCUAUUCUCCACCGAUAAUGAAGUCUCUUGAUCCUAUUAUCCACGUAUGAUAAGUCCGUUAAGCAUCGAUUUGGGCCAACUUAUUGUCGGAUGGCAUUUUCGUAAUUUCGUGGGCUACGAAAGGCCAUUUUCUUUGGAUAUUGAAUGCUACAGAUCACGGAUUCGGCCUGAGGCUAUUCUCCAACGAUGAUUGAGUCGAUUAAGCACCGAUUUGGGCGGUUUUAUUCUGGGUCAAUUUUUGGCAGAUUCCAAAGGGAUACCAUCACAGAUUUCGGGCGAUUUAUCCGAAUUUCCAUUUUCUUUCGAUUCUGGAGGCUACAGAUCACGGAAUCAGGCCGAGGCUAUUCUCCACCGAUAAUGAAGUCUAUUGAUCCUAUUCUCCACGAAUGAUAAGUCCGUUAAGCAUCGAUUUGGGCCAAUUUAUUUUCAGAUGGCAUUUUCGUAAUUUCUUGGGCGACGAAAGGCCAUUUUCUUUGGAUAUUGUAGGCUACAGAUCACGGAUUCGGCCUGAGGCUAUUCUCCAACGAUGAUAGAGUCCAUUAAGCACCGAUUUGGGCGGAUUUAUUCCGGGCAAUUUUUGGCAGAUUCCAAAGGGGUACCAUCACAGAUUUCGGGCGAUUUAUCCGAAAUGCCAUUUUCUUUCGAUUCUUGAGGCUACAGAUCACGGAAUCAGGCCGAGCCUAUUCUCCACCGAUAAUGAAGUCUAUUGAUCCUAUUCUCCACGAAUGAUAAGUCCGUUAAGCAUCGAUUUGGGCCAAUUUAUUUUCGGAUGGCAUUUUCGUAAUUUCUUGGGCGACGAAAGGCCAUUUUCUUUGGAUAUUGAAGGCUACAGAUCACGGAUUCGGCCUGAGGCUAUUCUCCAACGAUGAUGGAGUCCAUUAAGCACCGAUUUGGGAGGAUUUAUUUCGGGUCAAUUUUUGGCAGAUUCCAAAGGGGUACCAUCACAGAUUUUGGGCGAUUUAUCCGAAAUGCCAUUUUCUUUCGAUUCUGGAGGCUACAGAUCACGGAAUCAGGCCGAGGCUAUUCUCCACCGAUAAUGAAGUCUCUUGAUCCUAUUAUCCACGUAUGAUAAGUCCGUUAAGCAUCAAUUUGGGCCGACUUAUUGUCGGAUGGCAUUUUCGUAAUUUCGUGGGCUACGAAAGGCCAUUUUCUUUGGAUAUUGAAUGCUACAGAUCACGGAUUCGGCCUGAGGCUAUUCUCCAACGAUGAUUGAGUCGAUUAAGCACCGAUUUGGGCGGUUUUAUUCCGGGUCAAUUUUUGGCAGAUUCCAAAGGGAUACCAUCACAAAUUUCGGGCGAUUUAUCCGAAUUUCCAUUUUCUUUCGAUUCUGGAGGCUACAGAUCACGGAAUCAGGCCGAGGCUAUUCUCCACCGAUAAUGAAGUCUAUUGAUCCUAUUCUCCACGAAUGAUAAGUCCGUUAAGCAUCGAUUUGGGCCAAUUUAUUUUCAGAUGGCAUUUUCGUAAUUUCUUGGGCGACGAAAGGCCAUUUUCUUUGGAUAUUGUAGGCUACAGAUCACGGAUUCGGCCUGAGGCUAUUCUCCAACGAUGAUAGAGUCCAUUAAGCACCGAUUUGGGCGGAUUUAUUCCGGGCAAUUUUUGGCAGAUUCCAAAGGGGUACCAUCACAGAUUUCGGGCGAUUUAUCCGAAAUGCCAUUUUCUUUCGAUUCUUGAGGCUACAGAUCACGGAAUCAGGCCGAGCCUAUUCUCCACCGAUAAUGAAGUCUAUUGAUCCUAUUCUCCACGAAUGAUAAGUCCGUUAAGUAUCGAUUUGGGCCAAUUUAUUUUCGGAUGGCAUUUUCGUAAUUUCUUGGGCGACGAAAGGCCAUUUUCUUUGGAUAUUGAAGGCUACAGAUCACGGAUUCGGCCUGAGGCUAUUCUCCAACGAUGAUAGAGUCCAUUAAGCACCGAUUUGGGCGGAUUUAUUCCGGGCAAUUUUUGACAGAUUCCAAAGGGGUACCAUCACAGAUUUCGGGCGAUUUAUCUGAAAUGCCAUUUUCUUUUGAUUCUGGAGGCUACAGAUCACGGAAUCAGGCCGAGGCUAUUCUCCACCGAUAAUGAAGUCUAUUGAUCCUAUUCUCCACGUAUGAUAAGUCCGUUAAGCAUCGAUUUGGGCCAAUUUAUUUUCAGAUGGCAUUUUCGUAAUUUCUUGGGCGACGAAAGGCCAUUUUCUUUGGAUAUUGAAGGCUACAGAUCACGGAUUCGGCCUGAGGCUAUUCUCCAACGAUGAUUGAGUACAUUAAGCACUGAUUUGGGCGGGUUUAUUUCGGGUCAAUUUUUGGCAGAUUCGAAAGGGGGUACCAUCACAGAUUUCGGGCGAUUUAUCCGAAAUGCCAUUUUCUUUAGAUUCUGGAGACUACAGAUCAUGGAAUCAGGCCGAGGCUAUUCUCCACCGAUAAUGAAGUCUAUUGAUCCUAUUCUCCACGAAUGAUAAGUCCGUUAAGCAUCGAUUUGGGCCAAUUUAUUUUCGGAUGGCAUUUUCGUAAUUUCUUGGGUGACGAAAGGCCAUUUUCUUUGGAUAUUGAAGGCUACAGAUCAAGGAUUCAGCCUGAGGCUAUUCUCCAACGAUAGUUGAGUCCAUUAAGCACCGAUUUGGGCGGAUUUAUCCCGGGUCAAUUUUUGGCAGAUUCCAAAGGGUCACCAUCACAAAUUUCGGGCGAUUUAUCCGAAAUGCCAUUUUCUUUCGAUUCUGGAGGCUACAGAUCACGGAAUCAGGCCGAGGCUAUUCUCCACCGAUAAUGAAGUCUAUUGAUCCUAUUCUCCACGAAUGAUAAGUCCGUUAAGCAUCGAUUUGGGCCAAUUUAUUUUCGGAUGGCAUUUUCGUAAUUUCUUGGGCGACGAAAGGCCAUUUUCUUUGGAUAUUGAAGGCUACAGAUCACGGAUUCGGCCUGAGGCUAUUCUCCAACGAUGAUAGAGUCCAUUAAGCACCGAUUUGGGCGGAUUUAUUCCGGGCAAUUUUUGACAGAUUCCAAAGGGGUACCAUCACAGAUUUCGGGCGAUUUAUCUGAAAUGCCAUUUUCUUUUGAUUCUGGAGGCUACAGAUCACGGAAUCAGGCCGAGGCUAUUCUCCACCGAUAAUGAAGUCUAUUGAUCCUAUUCUCCACGUAUGAUAAGUCCGUUAAGCAUCGAUUUGGGCCAAUUUAUUUUCAGAUGGCAUUUUCGUAAUUUCUUGGGCGACGAAAGGCCAUUUUCUUUGGAUAUUGAAGGCUACAGAUCACGGAUUCGGCCUGAGGCUAUUCUCCAACGAUGAUUGAGUCCAUUAUGCACCGAUUUGGGCGGAUUUAUUCCGGGUCAAUUUUUGGCAGAUUGCAAAGGGGUACCAUCACAGAUUUUGGGCAAUUUUUCCGAAAUGCCAUUUUCUUUCUAUUCUGGAGGCUACAGAUCACAGAAUCUUGUCGAGGCUAUUCUCCACCGAUAAUGAAGUCUAUUGAUCCUA